AACAAAUGGCUGAAGGUGAAGAAGAACAACAAUCAAAGAAAAACAAGAAACACAAAGAAUGGCGGAAGGAAGUUAAGAAACUGCGUAGGCAAAGAAUUCGUCAAAAGCUUGCAGAACAACGAAAUAAAAUUGCUGCUGAAGAGGAAUCUGCUCGUUCAAACGAUCCUGACUACAUUCAAUGGCUCCGCGAACAAGAAGAAUUAGAAGUUCUAGAACGUGAACACGAAGAACGUCAACGACAGGAACAAGAAGAACUCUGGUUGCGCAGAGAACUUCUGGCCAGAAAGAAAUUCCGUGAAGAGCAACAAAAACUAGAAGCCACAGCAGCGAUCAAGGAAGCAGAACGUCUAAGAAUCCAGAAAGAAUUCGAAGAACUCCAACAAAAAGCCAAACAACGUCGUGAGGAGCGUCUGCAGCGUGAAGAACAAGCCAAACGUGAUCACGAAUCUAUGAUGGGGAAAAUAUUUGAUUAUAUUGAACUGGGCGGUGAGAUUCCUGAAGAACUCACCUACAGUGUUCAAUCUAAUCCCAACAAAUCGGUUUGUCCGUUCUUUACAAAAACGAAUGCCUGUCGCUUUGGAAUAGAUUGCAUGAGGAAUCACAUUCGUCCUAAACUCAGUCGAGUCUUGUUUAUUCCGAAUUUCUUUACGCACAUAAAGUUGGAACAUGGCGGGACAAGUCAUGCCAAUGACAUUAAUCUUGAAUGCUUGGAUGUGGAUUUGAACGAUGAUUACAAAGUGUUCUUCGAUGAUGUAACCGAGGAAUUGAAGAAAUUCGGAGAAAUAGUGAACUUCCGAACUUGCAUGAACACUCAAUCGCAUUUGAGAGGAAAUGUUUUGGUGGAAUAUUCUUCAGAAAGAGAUGCUUUGAAGGCGUAUAUUCAAUUAAAUGGACGUUUUUAUGCAAGACGUCAAAUUAACGUUGAAUUUUCAGGUAUUGCCGCUUGGAAGAGUGCUAUUUGUGGAUUAUUCUAUUCAAAUAAAUGUCCCAAAGGCAAAGGAUGCAACUUUUUACAUUUGUUUAAAAAUCCUGGCAAUAUGUAUAACAAGCCAAUCAAUAAACGAUUCAAACCUGAAGAUACAAUAGACACGAACUCACACAAAGAAAUAAGAGGCAAUUCUGUUAUAAGUUGGAAUGAUAACAAAGACUCACGGAACAAACGUGAUGAUUGGGGUUGGUCUGAAAGUCCUGAACCUGAACAUAGUUCAAAAGAAGACAAUCGUCGGAGUAAGUCCAAAGAUGUAUCGAAAAGAAACCGAGACAAAUCUAAUGAAAGAUAUCGAAGGAGCAGUGAAAGAUCGUCUCGGAAUGACAAGUCCAAUCACAGGAAAUCAAAAGAUAGAAGUCCUAGUCGCAGUUCGAGACAUGAGUCAAGUCGAACUGAAAAUUUAAAUGCGUCUCGAAAGGAGAAAAAGAGGAGUAAAUCGCGGAGUCCCUCGCGCACACGAAAGCAUCAUAAAGAAGAUGAUCGUGAAAAGCAUCGGAAGAAUAAAAAACGAAAACAUAAAUCAAAGAGGAACAGUUCAUGAGAACGUGUACAUAUCAUUUAAUUUUUUUUUGUAAAUUAAUGAGACUUUAAAAAUAAUAAAUGAAUUACUCUAUUGUGUCAAAAAUUAAUGUUAAAUAAGAACGGCAACCUUUUAGUGACGAUAGAAGUUCAGGUACAAAGAUGGGAGGAGCACUUUUGUGCGCUGCUAAAUGAUGACCAUAAUGCAGAAUUGAAACCACAAUUGAACAACAUGCGCAGAUCUUCUCGGGGUAUUGACACCAGUCCCCCAACAAGUGCAGAGAACGGUAAUGCGAUACAUCUUCUGAAGAAAAACAAAGCAGCUGGACUUGAUGGUAUUAUCGAAGAAUUCCUAAAAGCAGACCCUGAGGAAGCUUCCCGUAUUUUGCUUAAACUCGUGCAGAGAGUGAAACUUACCCAAGGAACUGGAAGGAUUGAGUUAUUGUAAAGUUACCAAAGAAAGAAAACCUCAAAAACUGCUAUAACUGGCUCGGUAUCACAGUUCUGUUUGUUUUUCCGAAGUUAAUGGCAACUAUUAUUCUCGAGAGGAAUAAGUCCAGGAUCGAGUCUACCCUGCACCAAGCUGGGUUUCGUAGUGGCCGAUUGCGCGUCGACCACAUCAACACCUUGCGAAUCAUACUCGAACAAUCAUCUGAGUACCAAUCACCGCUGUACCUAAUGUUUGUAGAAUUUGAAAAGAAGUUGAUCGGGCAAAUCGUGAAUGCAUCUGGAGAUCGGCUAUUGCGCAAGGAAUCCCUGAGAAAAUUGUUGCAACAACAAGGUGUUUCGUGUUGCACAAUUGACAGCUUUACGACUCCUUCGAUGUCAAGGAGUGAGACAAGGAGAUGUCUUGUCACCAAUUCUUUUUUUUCUGGCGAUGACGACGGGCCAAGCACACAAGUUAUUCUAAGGUAGGGGACCAUAGAGGAGGUCGAGCAGUUUAAUUAUAUGGAAAGUUUUAUAGCUCUCGAUGGCGGAAAGGACCUGAAUGUUAACAGUAGAAUAAACAAAGCCCGUAAUGAACUCUAGCAAAAUAUCGCUACGCACCAAGUUGAAACUCUUCGAAUCCAACGUUAAAUCAGUGCUGUUAUAUGCUUCUGAAACAUGGAAAUGCUCUGCCAACAUCUUUAGCAGACUACAAGCUUUCGUUAACCGUUGUCUGCGCUCUAUUCUGAAGAUCCGGUAGCCGCAAACUUUUUCUAACGUUGAGCUGUGGAAUAGGACCGGACAAAAAAAAUUGGACGUAGACAUCAUGCAACCGAAAUGGCGUUGGAUAGGCCAUACACUGAGGAAACCGGACGACAGUAUAAUUCGUGCAAUGGAAUCCCCAGACAACUUGGAGAUCAUCAGUUUUGAAGGAGGCUCGAUCUCAAGGUAUUCAAUCGUGGCCACAGCUGAGAUCAGUUGCGGUGAUUCGGGAAAGUAGGAAGGAUCUUAUUGAUGCCCUUUGCUCCAGGAGGAGUUAAAGCGCUGCUGUACUUGCAGCCGGACAACAUAGGUAUACAUACAUAUAUACUUCAUAUGGACAAAUCACCCGAUUAGAAAUAAGUUCAAGAGGAGUCCAUAAUCAAGGAAAAAAACAACGUACUUAUCACAACAAAGCAGAACUCAUUUGGAAUUAUUGUUUGGUAUCCUAACAGGUUUUAACGCAAAUAUCAGAUUAAUGUCAACGGUAUAAAGAUGAAGAGACGUCUGCGUAACCUAGACCUAUAUACAUAUGAUAGAUAUGCUCAUAAAGUGAGAUUUAAGAUCAAGCAUAAAUUGCGGAAUAUAAAUACAUAUGUAUAUUAAAAUAGAAACACCAAAGAAAAAGACUUUUUGUUUUCAAGUUUGGUCUUCAUUUUCUUUCUUUAAAACUAAAAUUCACCAUUAUUUAUAUUAAAAUUAUAACUUAAAAUAUUUUAAAUUGAUAAAUGUAUAAAAUGGAACAAAUUUCGUAGACAUUAAAAUAUGUACAUAGAUACACAGAUUUAAAAAGAUUAAAUGAAAUGCAAAGCUAUUCUUAAUUUCAAAAUUAUUUUAAUAUCUGGUAGCCUGGACCUUAGUUUUAGUUACAGUGUGACAUCUGUUUUACAUUAAGUUUUAAUUGAAAUAUUGUACCACUCCUGUUGAACAAUCCUCCAGAGUGCGGGCAACCGCCCAUUUUGAAUCUCCCGCAAAAUGUUCUAUGAGAUUUAAGUCAGGCGAUUGGGAUGUCCACUCCAAUGCGCUGAUUUUUGGUCUUUAAAAUACUUUUGAGCAGAUUUGGAUGUGGGCUCUGGGCCGUUGUCUUACUGUAGACAACUUUUGAUAGGCAUGUUCUCGGCCGCAUGAGGCAGCAUUGUAUCCUUCAUGAUAUUCACCGUUAUAUUUUAAACCAUUUUACCCUUAAUCAAAUAUAUUGGUCCAACGCUAUAUCAAGAAAAUUAACCCCAAAGUAUGAUACUGCCGCCACCGUUCUUGCCCGUUUUCUAGAUGUAUUUGGGAUUUAGUUCUUUCAAAGGAAGCCUUUAAGAACCCCAUAAUGUGUCCCUAGCUCUGGUAUAGAAAUUGAAAUUCUGGAAAUGCCUAUAUCAGUAUUGACCCUUGACCUCAAUUUGUGGACAUGAAUGCAUAGAGAUUUUUGUUGUUUAACACCACAUCAAGAAUGAAGAAUUCAUAAUAAAACUCUAUUUAUUUCUCUCAUUUUCAUAUUCGAAACAUUAAAUCCUUCAAUAUUUUUACUGAACUUGGACUGUUUAAACUUUUUAAAUUUUAAGGAUAAUCGUAACAACUUAAGUUUUUAGUGAAAUAAAUUUACAAAAUAGAAGAAGUAGUAAAUAUAGCAGUGCGUGACAGCCAGUGGGUAGAAUUGUCAUUCCAGAGGUCUUUUGUUUAAACCCUGUCUGUGCCAACUUACGUUUUGUUUUUCACGGGUACUGACUGGUGCUAUUUCAAAAAAACUCUUUCGGGUUCGGUACAAAACCUCUAGAAAAUUACUCGCUAGUAAGAAUGGGUGAGAGUUGUAAGUCACUAGACAGUGAUUUUCCAUGAAUUGUUUUAAUUGGAAAGCUAAAUCUUAACGAAUCUAACAUAAGUCUAGUUGAUUUUUGCAGGUCAUCUUGAAUUCGAAUUCGUUCUUGUUUUGAUUAUAGCAAAGAAUUUUAAGCGAGAUUUUAUUUUAUCGGCAUAAAAGAUCUUGAAAAAUACCAUUACCUACUUAUGCAGUGUGUUCUUGAUAGAAAGAACCGCCAAGAAAUUUAAGUCCCAAUAAAAAACAAAUAGCAAUGGAUCAUUUGAAAAAUAUGCAUGUUCCCAAUUUUUCUAAAAAAUGGAACAAUAAUGAUAUCCAGGAAAAUUUAGUUUCAUUAGUUCCCAAUGGGGACAUUUUUUUCUUCUUUGAAAUGUUCACAAAUGUGAAAAUUGAUUUCGGAAAUCUAGUUUUUGGGAAAGAGAUUACCAUUUCAAUAUUUAUUAACUGAUGAUGGGAUUUUCAUGAGACAAUAAAAUAUUCACGAAAUCCCACCAAUACUUCAUGAGAUUUAACCUUAGUUUAAACUUAAAAAUAGCCUAAACAUUGUUAUCAUAUCCGAACGAUGAAUUAAAAACCUUUAAAAAUAGAUGAAGACAUAGUCAGAAAUAUUUUUUAUAAAAUUUUUAUUAAUUUUUUUUUUAGGAUUUUGUUAUUAUUUUUGUUUUCUUCUUCUGUAAAAUUUAUUUUUAUUUAAAGAAACUGCUUUCAAUUAAAAAAUUAAAAGAAAAUAAAUAUUCAUAAUAAAAAAAAAUAAACAACAGUUAAGUAAAGAUGAAAUUUGAAAAAAAAA